AUGCCGCUUCAAGAUUUCCCUAUUGACAAAGUCGACAUAACGUCUGAGUUCUGGGGCUACAUCCAAGAUCGUUCUAGACUUGUAACAGUCCCUGCUGUGAUUGAGGCCCAAAAAUCAUGGAACCACUGGACCUGUCUCACAUGGAAGGAAGGCCACGAUGUUAAGCCUCAUCAAUUCUGGGAUAGCGAUAUUUACAAGAUCGUUGAAGCUGCUUGUUACUUCCUCAUCAAGCACCCCGAUGACAAAAUGAGAGCCACGGUCGAGGAGGCUGUCAGCAUGAUUCAAGAGGCUCAGUAUGACGAUGGGUACAUCAACUCUUUCUAUACGGUCAGGGGGAUCGAUCAGCGCUGGACCAACUUGAGGGAUGAUCACGAGCUUUACUGCCUCGGGCAUCUAUUGGAAGCUACUGUUGCGUAUGAAAUACUCACAAAAAGUGGAAAGCUGCUUGAGGUGGCCAACAAGAUAUGCGGACAUCUCGACUUGAUGUUUGGUACCGAGCCGGGAAAGAAGCGUGGAUACCCAGGUCAUCAAGAGGUCGAGAUUGGUCUAUUGCGCCUUCACGAUUUAACCAAGGAUGAUCUACCAUUAAAGCUAGCCCGGUAUUUCAUCACUGAGAGAGGCCGGCGCGACGCCAAUAAUGAGACCUUUUUCGACAAGGAGGCAUUUGCCCGUGGAGCAGACCCAUACAAGGACAUGGGAACGGAGCACAAAGCUUGGUUUCAACACCCCCGGGACUAUGCUUAUCAUCAAGCAGACGAGCCCCUCAUCGAUUCUAGCGAGGUCAAGGGCCAUUCUGUCCGAGCAAUGUACUUCUACACCGCAGCUACGGAUCUUAUUCGACUGUCUCCAGAGAAGGGGGAAAGUGGUCUUAUUAAGUCGGCUUUGGAUCGGCUAUGGAGGGACAUGAUUGACAAGAAAAUAUACGUAACAGGAGGCAUUGGAUCGGUGAGGCAGUGGGAGGGGUUUGGGGAGGCAUACUCUCUUCCGGACCUCGAACACGAAGGCUGCUACGUGGAGACAUGUGCCACAUUUGCGUUGAUUAACUGGUGCAACCGUCUGUUAAGGUUGGACCUGAACUCUGAAUAUGGCGAUGUCAUGGAGACUGCUCUAUACAAUGGAUUUCUCGGGGCCGUGAAUCAAGAAGGCGACGCAUUUUACUACCAGAAUGUCUUGAGAACACGGAGCGGAGAGCUCAAGGAAAGGAGCAAGUGGUUUGGCGUGGCCUGUUGUCCACCGAAUGUCGCAAAGCUCCUGGGGAAUCUGGGGUCCUUGAUCUACUCUCACGAUCCUUCUUCGCAUCUGGUGGCUAUUCAUCAGUAUAUCACCAGUGAGCUGAAGAUUGAUGAUGACAACAUUUCCAUCUACCAAAAGUCGAACAUGCCUUGGCAGGGGCGAGUCAAAGUCUCAGUUCAGGGAUCGGCAAAGCUCGCUCUUCGCAUUCCGUCUUGGGCGAAUGAAUGGACAUGCUCAGCUAAAGGACGUAUGGAAAAGGGAUAUUUUUACUGUUCAGCUGAGAACACGGAGAUCCAUUUAAUUUUCCCUGUAGUAUUCCGCAAAAUUUAUUCCCACCCUGCGACCGGCAAGAAUGAUGUUUGUCUGAUGAGAGGACCUCUCGUGUACUGCCUGGAGGACGUCGACAACAAGGAAAUUGACAUUGACCGUGCUGGCAUUAUAGACGGUCCUGUGAAUGAUGGACGGACGAUAUCGAUUUCCGGCCUUGACGGCGUGGUGACCGGCCAGGCCGAGGGCAGGCAGUUGAAGAAAGGUAACCAGAGCCGACUGUAUGAGGAGAGCCCCUGGGAAUAUGAGAGUCGCAAACAUGGUUUGAUUUCUAUCCCUUACUUUCUACGGGCGAAUCGAGGUGGGGAGGGAGCGAUGCGAGUCUGGGCACCUCGACUGUAUAAUGUUUCCGAGGAUGUCGAACCUGUUCAGAAGAGUUAA